CAUUAGUGUCAGUAGGUUUGCCCAUAUUUACCACUUAAAAAAGUUUUAAAACUAAAACAAUUUUAAAUAUUUUCAAAUAAUAAAUAAUAAAUAAUAAACGAAAUUUCGCAUCAAAUUAUUAUUAUAAAUAAGUGCUAUUUUUAUUGUAUUUGGGUAAUACUUUCGAGUCUAACCUAACCUAGCUUUACUAGUAAAUUUAUUAUAACACUCUUUGAUUAGAGACAGCUAAUUAUCAUUAAAAGUGAUUCACUAUGUAUGAGAAUGCUGAAUUCAAAUAUGCCACAGAAGCUGCAUUUGUAACUCCCCAAGUCAAGCAGUGGUUUGAAUCCGUAGAUAGAGAUAGAUCAGGAGAAAUAAGUUGGGAAGAACUUCAAUCCGCAUUGGUAAACGCAGAAGGAAGAAAUUUCUCUGAAUCUGCUUGUAGACUAAUGAUAGGCAUGUUCGACAAGGAUAAGACUGGCACAAUAAAUGCCCUUGAAUUUCAAGAAUUAUAUAAUUACAUCAAUAGCUGGCUUGGAACAUUUAGAAUGUACGAUAAGGAUCAAUCUGGUAGUAUUGAGGAAGGAGAACUAGGUCAAGCUCUUCAGCAAAUGGGCUUUCGUUUCAACCCGCAGUUUAUCGAGUUUCUAAUUCAUCGAAGUGACUCGAAAAAUCACAAAACCAUGUCCAUAGAUCAGUUUAUAGUAACAUGCGUCCAAGUACAAAGAUUCACUGAAGCAUUUAGGAAUAAAGACAAGGAGAGGGCCGGGGUGAUCACAAUAGGAUUUGAAGAGUACCUGGCCAUAGCUUUAAAUUGUUCUACUUAAGUAAGUUUGAAUAUAUUUAUUAUUUAAGACAAUUGUUGAUUAUGAUUUAUAGUUAAUAUAUUAUAAAAUGAAUAUCUAUAUUUUUGCUCUAAAUCUACUUACAAAUGGUGAGAGAAUGUAAAGUCUUAAGCAUAUUGUUGUGUAUUUGUAUUGUAAAUGUUACCGUGUUGGAGAUUUUAUAUUGAUUAGAAUUAUGGAUGAUCCCCUGUCAAACCACCAAGCUUAAAAGUAAUAAAUUUUUCCUUAAACUUUAGAUUAAGUAUAUAAUAAGCGUUUUAACUAGCCUGAAGGCAACUUAUGAUCAAAAAUAUAAAAAUCCUAAUGUACACCUAAUAUAUCUCUAACUGCAGCUUAACUUUUCAUGCCUUAACCUUGGUAUACUCAAACAAUCGAUAUUGAAUUUUAAUUGUAGAUGUUUUUGUAAAUAUCCGUCACUGGGACACAAAACCUAACCUUAAAUUAAGUCAGAGUCAAUUCCCAGAUACCCGGAAAAUGGUUCAAUAAAACAGAGUUUUUGUUAUAAGCGAAUUCAUUUUAUGUGGUAUCGAGAUAAUUUCACUGCUAAUAGAUUAAUACUUAGUGUCCAAGAUCCGAUUAAUACAAGCCUAGUUAUUGUCCAGAGAAAUAUUCAAUCGUUAAACGUUCUACAAUUAAUUCAUACUUAUGAGACCAUACUCCACGCAUGAUUUAUCUUAAAAUUAUUUGGUUUAUAUAAGUAUAUUAAAUUUGAUAAUUUUUACAUAAUAUAUAGGUAGUGAUCUAAAAACAAAUUUAAUACCAUUAGCACCCUUUACUUAACUUAAUUAAAAAAGCUUUUUCUAUUCAAAAAACAUAAUAUGUAACGAAAUUCACCUAAUCGCUAAAUCUUAAACAUAAUAAUAGUUCAUCACAGGCAACGUAUUUUUGAAAGAUCAAUUUAGGUGCAAUUCAAAUAACAAGAAAAUAAAUGCCUUUUAUAAACAGCACCUUGUAAAUUGACCUUUUCAUAUAAUAUAUUUAUAACAUUUUUGGUAAUGAUAAAUACAACUUAAACCUAAUCAGAAACGAGAAACAAUUUUUGUUUAUACAGGAGAAAAAUUGAUGUCAAUUGAAUAUUGAAUUUUUGGCCUGGAUGCAUAAUAUCUCAUGCCACCUUGUUUUUGUUGCUUUACAAAUCAUUAUUCACACAAAUUUUGAGAGGAAACAAAAAAGGUUCUAGAUUUCUAUAAUUUUUUUUUGUUUCCUUUCAAAAUUUGCAAUGGAUUUCCAUCAAGUAUCGGCUAAAUGAAUCUCUCUCAUUUAUACAAGUUCGUUAACUAAUUGUUUUGAAUGAGUGAUUCCAAUGAUUACAUAUAUCAAUUGUUUAACAGUUAAAAUUACAGAAAUGACGGUGGACAUCAUCCAUGACAUUAAUAAUACUUAUUGCCAAAAUUUGCCUUUACUUAUGUUUUGUUAUGUCAAUGUGUGUAAAAUGUAUACUUUGCGUAAAGUUACACCACUUGCAGUUGAAAUUUUCACUGUACGGAAUAGCAACCACAUGUUAAGUCACAUUACCUACGCACUGUGUUAGAAAAAAUAUUUUGUAAGUUUCUUUUAUUUUAUUUGUUCAUAUAUUUUUCUCUCCUAAUAUACUAACAAACCUAAAAAAAGAAGUGUUUAUGAAAGUAUUAUUUAUCUACCAUGUACCUAAAAAGACAAGACGUUUACUCUCACUUACUCACUCUGUAUAUUUUUUCAACUUGCCAUUAAUAUAAACUACUUAUAACACAUUGUGCUGAUUUGUGUUUGAUUAAAAUUUUCUUUACUAGAAGCACGCCUAGAGAUGAAAUUCCGGCAAAUUUUCGCAAACAAUGUCCCCAGAUUUUCGUUUAUUCCAAUCUUAAAAUAAUAUCAAAUCUGACACAAUUUCAAUCACUCGUCAGCUUGAUGUUUGAUUAUGUUGUUUUCUUUGAAACUAAUUUUUUAUUUAACCAGAAAAAAAUUGUUUUUAUGUGUCUGAGGGCCAGAUUAUAAGUAGUUUUUUUUUUCGCAUUAUCUUUUUUGAAUAAAAAUAGUGAAGGGACUGGUUGUACAGGGUAUUUGAUUAUAUUUAAGCCCAUACCUACAAACUUGACAGUUUUUUUUCUAUAUUUUCUUUAAACAUUAUCAGAAGAAACAAAAUCGCAUCGGAAAAUGGAAAAACGUAGACAACUUCAACUUUUUUUAAUGGGACGCCCUGUAUAUUAUGCGAUAAAAUGGAAAAUCUCCUCUUCCUGAUUCCAUAUAUUGAUCACAUGUGCGUAAGCCAUUUUUGAUAUAUCUUAGCUUAAAUUACCAAUAAAAUGCAAAGAAAUUCUAUAAAGAUUCAAAUCCCAUGACAUCGUUAUGAAAUUUCUUUGCAAAUUAUUUAUAAUUCAAGCUAGAUAUGUAUAUAUAUAUAUUUGGAAUCAGGAAGAAAAGACCUUUCAUUUUAUUGCAUAAUAUACAGGGUGUUUCUUUAAAAAAAAGUUGGAGUUGUUUAUGUUUUUCCAUUUUCCGAUGCGAUUUUGUUACUUCUGAUAACGUUUAAAAAAGAAAACAUAGAAAAAAAGUGUCAAGUUUUGUAUUUAAAUUUUUUUUCUAUCUUAAAUAGUAAAGGCUGUAGGUAUCGGCUCAAAUAUAAUCAAAUACCCUGUACUCACCAACGUUUCAGUCCAAAUUGGACUACCUUGCAGAGCACUAGAAUAGAGGGUGAUGAAUUUUUUUGCUUUUCCAUAAUACAAUGAAAAAGCAAAAAAAGAACAGUUCUUGUUUUGCAACAAUAAUUUAUCAUUUCUUUUGUUUAAUUCAAUAUCCCUGAAUCUAGUGCCAAAUACAACAUUGUGAUCUGCUACUUUCUUUUUUUGACCAAGGAAAAUCUUGGGGAAAAUCCCAAACAUCAUUCUUAUCCAGGAAUUUAGUCAUCACUAGGCAGGCCUGGUUGAUACAGUGCUGUGCUAUACUUUUUUUUUGUAAAAAUAUGUUAUGAAUUAUAUUUUUAUAUAUUUGUCGAUAAAUAAAACUCGAAACAAAAAUCCAUGGCACUUUUCAUUGACCUCCAAAUUAUUUUUUUUCAGAAUUAUUUGAAUUUUUGUUAUAAUAUAAUAAAAAUUUUCUUUAGGCACUACAUUUACCAUUGAAAUAGAGUUCCUAAUUUUUAGUAGAUCUAUUUGUAAGCGUAAUAAAUUUUGUGCCCUAGGAUUUUUCAGUUCUUACAUCCUAUUUUUUUAUAGCAUAUUUCAAAAAUCUACUUAUUGUAAUUUUUAAUUGUUUUUUGAAAGAGUUUUUUCUAAGCGCAUUAUUUUUUUUUUCAAGGAGACGGAACUUAUGAUGUUCAUAAUCAAUCAAAAUAUUUUGUUUUGUUUUAAACCAAGCCACGCACAUCUGUUUUAUCAGGGUUUUUAGGAACCAAAAUGUAUUUCUUUGUGGUAAAUAAAAAAAAACCUCACAAAUUUCGUCCCUUUUAUGACAAAUAAAGCAUUAUCGCUAUAAAAAUCUUUAAACUACAUCUCUCACUAUGUAACCUUAGAUCUUACAAAUAUUUACAAAUUAUUGUAAAAUUUACACUCAAUUCCUCAUAUAUUGCUGCAAUUACUUCCUCUGGUGUAUAGUUAAACAUGCUUUAUUUGUCUAAGAUGUAUCCUAUAUCUAAUUUUCUCUAAAGAAAAACAGGACUAAGAUUUAAUUUACAAGUAAUUUAAUUAAAAUAUUCUCUACUUUAGUAUAAAUGUAGCGGGCAAAUGUGUCGCCAUAAUGUUGGCAGAUACAAAUUAAUACAAAAUAAAAUUUAGCUGUAGAUAGCAGCUGCAGAAAGCACAGGCUGCCUGCUGAAACAGUAUUACAUUUUUGAAAAAAUGUUUCUGUGGAUGUGAGAGGAUAGUCCUGCAUUAGGUAUAGGCAGAAUAAGAAUAUCCAAAACUGCCAACUCCUACCCUGACUUAAACAUGUAGCCUCAUUUAGGUAUUAGUUUAUUUGAGUAAUGUGAGCUCGUAACUUUCUCUACAUCAAUAAUUAUGCUGGCUGCUAAUUCUCAAGUUGCUGAAACGCAGCUUGGUUGUUGUUAAACGUUUUUUUAUUGAAGAGAGAGAGAGAGAGAGAGAAUUGGAUCAUUGUACGUUUUCAAACUGUUUUUUACUGUUGGUAACACCAGAUUGCGGCAAAAAUAUUAAUUGCUGCAAGAUAUUCACGAUUUCCCUCAUUCCACCCUAAGUGUCAUGUGGAAUUUGUAGAUUUUUUUUUGCAUUUUCAAUUGAAUCGAGUUUGAAACAUUUUAUUUUUGGUAUUUUUUUUCUAUAUCCUUACUUCCAACUUCCAAAGAUCAGCCAACAUUUUGUCAGGGUAGGGAUCGACACCCUCAGAUUCGGAUUCUACCCUCCAUACAGUUAUAAAAUUACAUUGUGCGGAAAAUCCUACGCACAAUCGUUGCGGGAUUAUUCGGGAAUUCGUUCAUUACGUAUGGAUAAACAAGAAUUCACGAGUGGUGCUAGCGGUACACAUGGAUUUUUAGUAAAAAACGGAAAAUUGUGUUAAAAGCAUGAAUUUUGGUACACUUGGUCUUUAAACCAUAACAAUUGAUUUGGCCCGUAGCACUACCCCACAACUGUCAUUUAUUUAUAUUUGUUUAAACAAUUCACUCAAUCUGUUGAAAAAGCACAAAAUAUGCUCACCAGAUGCCAAUGCCAGAUAAAAUUCACAUUGGAAGUUGAUGAAAAGGACGUAUAGUCAUGUUAACUCAUCCGAAGGCUCAGCCUGAACCAAGCCGCCAUUUUGAUUUUUUGUUUAUACAUAUUGUUUGCUUUUGUUUAUGCAAAAUUAUUGAUUUUUCACAUAUUGCAUGUGGGGAAUCGAUUUCGACUUAUUAAUGGUCAAGAAUCUCGAUUAAUAACAUAAGAACUCGUUUCCGCGCUUUUUUAAUACUUUCGUGAUACGAAUUAUUUAUUUAUUUCUUUUUAUAAUGCUAUGCGCCGCUCUUAUGUGAAGUAACGACACUAUUUUUCAAUUCUAAUAUUAAAAAGUGGUGGUUCUAGGUCCACAAAACACGUAUUAAGCGUUAAAACAUCUGAUCUGAUAAAUCGAAAAGAAAAAAACAAAAUAAGCGAGGCUAGCAAACGACCCCCUGCAGCGAGAGUAGCGCUUGUGACGUCACUGUGCGGAACGAACAAUCAGCUGGAGCGUUGGCGAGAUUUGUUUACAAGUUUACAGCUCUGUUCCAACCCGACAUGAGAACCGUUCUAGAGUGGUAAUUUCCAGUUGCCCACCUAUUUUUCAAUAAGUUGAACGUUUAUCCUAAUUGACAAAUGAAUUGAUCGACUGGAAAUCACCGUUUUAAAACGGUUCUCAUGUCGAUUGGAACCGACCUGAUUGUGUUGCUAACUGUUGUUUUAUCCCAAGAAGCUUUAGGUAUUCACUAAUUCUAAUUAUCUGUGUUUUGUAAUGAUGGGAGACUCAGACAAAGUUAAACCGAGUCGAAAAAAGUGGUACCUAUACGUACGUGUUUUCCUACAAGGUGCGAAAAUGUGGUACUUUCCGCACACAAAUCGGUGCGUGAAGACGUGUUUUCCGCUCACUCGUAGGAAAAAUGUGCCCAAUGCGAGCGUAGAGUAUAUUUUUCGCACUUGCGGCUUGCACAAAUUCCGCUGGCGCGUCGUUCGUGCAAAUGCCGUUGAGUGCGGAAAAGUAUAACUUUCCGCACUUGUUAUAGGUAAAUUACUAUAUCACUAUUCAAAAUCUGAAAGUGAGGUUUUUUUUUUAACAGGAAAUAUAUCUCGCCAAAAGUAAUUGUUUGGAAAAAUAUUGUUUAUACAAAAAAUUUAAGAUAACUGAAAUACAGAUAUUUCAAGGUUUGAAGAAGACUCCAGGGUAUUUUUUUUCUCGAAAUAGGGGAACAGCGUUCUUAUGAGAAUGGAGGUCCUAUCUUUGUCGCCCUAGUCGCCCAUACUCAUAUUUGCAUAACAUUGAUAAAUACCAGGGUGCUUAUUCUUGAAACAGGGGAGCAGCCUUCCCAGGAGAACGAGUGUUCCGUCUUUGUUGCUUAUACAGGGUGUCCUUAGAUAAACUGACAUAUUUUAGAGAUGAAUAUCUCGAAAACGAGAAAAGAUAACGGGAUGCGGUUUGUUCUGGAAGAAUAAGGAUUUUUUAAAGUUUUUUUUCAUGAUAUUGACGAAUCCUGAAAUUUGGUUUUACAGACAUUCGAUUUUUUGAAAUAAAAACAACUGCCUUAUUCUUGAUGAAACACCCAGUAUAUUUUGUCAUCAUCAGAAAGCGUGACUUUUUUAGUUCACAAAAAUGUUUAAUUUUUUUCAAUUAUCAUGAAAUUAAAUCGUUAAAAUUGCACUUGGUUGAAGGGCGUACUGUCGACUGGACAAAAAAAAAAUGAUAAGAACUAAUUUGUGUUUUAAAUGCACUUAUUUGUGUUUAAUUCUUAUAUUAUUAGUUAACUAUGCCCUAAUUAGUUAUUAAAAGUAUUAAACACAAAUUGAUUCUCAAUUUUUUUUUCCGGUUAGUCGAUGGUAUUCCUUUCGACAAAGUGCAAUUUUCACGAUGCAAGUUUAAGAUAAUUGAAAAAAAUUAUACAUUUUUGUAAAGUAGAAAAAUCAGGCUUUCUGACGAUGACAAAAGAUACGGGGUGUUUCAUUAAAAAUAAGGCAGUUAUUUUAUUUCAAAAAAUCGCAUGUCUGUUUAACCAAAUUUCAGCAAAUUUCAGGAUUCGGCAAUAAUGUGGAAAAAAACUUUGAAAAAUCCCUAUUCUCACAGAACAAACCGCAUCUCGUUAUCUUUUCCCGUUUUCGAGAUAUUUACCUGCAAAAUGUGUCAGUUUAUCUAAGGACACCCUGUAUUAUCAUUUGCAUAUCAUUGAGGAAGACGGAAUACUCGUUCUCCUGGGAACGCUGCUCCCCUGUUUCAAGAAUAGGGACUCAGAUCAAUCGUUCUCAUGGAAACGCUGUUCCCCAGUUUCAAGAAUAGGCAUCCAAGUAUAAAAUAUUUUGUUUAUAUUUUCUCAAACAAACAAAAAACGCAAAAAAGCCGUGAUUGGUCCAGCAUAAUGAGUUUUAUUCCAUAAUAGGUAAUCUACAGUUGCCUUAUUACAUCAGAAAAAUCAAUCAAAAACUCCUUUUUUUCAUUUUCAACCUAUUAAUUUUAAUAUCCUUAAAUAGCUGUACCUCCAUUAGCUUAAAUUUUUUUAUAUAAACAAUUUUUUGCCAAACAACUUAUUUUGGCGAGAUAUACAUCCUGGUAAAAAAAAGCCUCACUUUCAGAUUCACCCUGUAUACCUACGUCUAAUACGUCUGUUUUACUUUUACACCACUGGACUGAGGCUGAUUCAAGACUUGACACUUGAACAAAACUUCUGAUACCAUAGUAACGUCCACAGAUGGCAGAUUAUGUGAAUCGGCCUUUUGAAAACCUUCUUCCAUUUUAGCCAUAGUACCUUUUCUACCUUAAUUCCGAUAAACCCUAAUAUAUACAGAGAUCGACACGAAGACGAAGGUUAUAGCAGCACUAUCAAAAUACUUGUUAAACGAAUAUCAAUAUUUCGUCUCCGUUUUUCUCAUAGGAAGAAUUUUCUGAUUGGCGUAAAAUUUUGUAGAUUUCCUUAUAAAACGAUGCUUAAUAAUUUGAUGAUGAUGGUUAAACGGGAUUUUUUUAUUUUGUGAACAUUCUUAUUUAGUGCCAGAGAAAAGAAGAGCGAGAGCGUUUUCCGAUAGGGUUCCACAUUUAUCUUUGGACAGGUGAUUAUCACUUUGUCUAUCAACAACGUGUCCAUUUUUUUUUUCAAAAUCGGUAAGGUUUUAGGUCACUUAUGGCCUCUAUGGGUUGAAAAUAUGAAAAAAAUUGCUUUAAAUUGAGUUUUUUUUUCUGAAGAUUUUCGAUAGGGUUCCACAUUCAUCUUUUGACAGGUGAAUGAUGCUUUCUUCAUCAACAUCGUGUCCAUUUAAAAAAAAAAAACUGUUUUAGGGCACUUAUUAUUUUGAUUAGAUGACUCUAUAAAAUAAAUAAUAUUUAUUUUAUUUAUAUUCAUCUUCAGUUAUUCUAAUCAUCCACUGUCACUUAAGCGCCAAAUUUUGUUCAAUAUUUUCUUCUAUAAUACAGAAAACAAUUGAAAAAGCCUUGCAAACGAUUUCUAAUGCUAUAAAUGAGAUUCUUGACCCCUAAUUAGUCGAAAUCGAUUCCCCACAUGCAAUAUCCGAAAAAUCAAUUAUUUUGCAUAAACAAUAGUAAACAAUAUGUAUAAACAAAAAAUCAAAAUGACGGCUUGGUUUAGGAUGGGCCUUUGGAUGGGUCAGCAUAACUUUCCGUCCUUUUUAUCAACUUCCAAUGUGAAUUUUAUUCGGCAUUGGCAUUUGGUGAGCCUAUUUUGUAUUUUUUUUAACAGAUCGAGUGAAUUGUUUAAACAAAUAUAAACAAAUGACAGUUGUGGGGUAGUGCUACGGGCCAAAUCAAUUGUUAUGGUUCAAAGACCAAGUGUACCAAAAUUCAUGCUUUUAACACAAUUUGCCGUUUUUUUUCAUGUACCGCUAGGACUAGAGAGCUUUGAUAGAUUUCUGGAUUGACUGAUUCCGUAUACAGGGUGUCCCAAAAAGAUACCGACAAACUUCAAGGGGUAGUAGGGGACAUCAAAACAAGCAUUUUUGUUUAUAUAAACAUAUGUCCGCAAAUGAGCCAUUGUAUAAUAAAGCGCCUAGUUUGUAAGUUACACUCAGUUUAAAUAAAAUAAUUAUUGUUUUUUAAUGUUGAGUAGAAGCGAUGAGUGAUUAGUAUAUUUGGUACUUUGGUAAUCAGUUGAUUCAAUAGAAGUUAUUGUUAGUGAAGAGAGUUUUAGUGGACCCGCGAAAUUCGUAACGAUAUAGUAAUAUGACGACAGGUUGUUCAGAAAUAUAAUAGAGGAAUAUAUUUUCUACAAAUCACGUUUUAUGUACCUACCUGUAAUUUUCAGGGGUCCACCUUAUGGGGACUCGCAUUUCGCAGCGUUAUCUUCGAAAAAAAAAAAAAUGAAUUAUGAGUGAAUUAGUUUACAUGAAUGUUUCUAUGUUACGUCCAAUAAUAAUUCAAUGUACCUCAAAAAUUAUGGAAGCGAUUAUGCAAAAAUACAAUAUUAGGGCUGCAUAAAGAUUCAAUAAAGGUUGUUAGUUAAAAAUUAUCCCUCGCUGUUUCUUUAUGCAAUAUUUUUUAAAUUACAUUAAACAUUGAGAUCAAUCGGAAUAGAUAAUUCAUUAAGAACAAAUUCCUAAUCACACUUAGAUUCUGUUUAGAAAACACUUAAUAGAAGAGUAUUAUUAAUAUGUAUGAUAAAC